AGGAAAUCACAACGUUUAAAGUAAAUUUAAAUCAAAAAAUGUGUAAAUUUUCAAAAAAUUACAUUAAAGAUUGUUUUUUGUUUGCUAUUUGAAGGUUAAUAUUGUAGGAGGAGAGCAAACCAAUCGAUGAUUCCGGCGCCAUCAGUUUGAAAUUCCUCAAACAGUGUUUAGACGUGUUACGUUUAGGUUGCGUUGAACAGACUCAUUUCCUUCGUUUGUUUUAUUACUUAUUUACUGCACUUACAAUAUGACUACUUACAAAAAUAUAUACUACUCAGAACGUUACAAAGACGAAAGUAAUGAAUACAGGCAUGUGAUUAUUCCAAAAGAACUAGCUAAGAAACUUCCGAAAGAUCGUUUACUUACUGAACAAGAAUGGCGUGGAAUGGGAGUACAACAGUCUCAAGGAUGGAUACAUUAUAUGCUACACAAACCAGAACCUCACGUGCUUAUGUUUAAAAGACCUCGAGAUGACAAAGAAGUUGAUAUGUCUUGAUAGAAAAUGUCAAGAUUAGCUACCUGUGAAAUAUUUCUAUAUACAGCAAACUGCAAUUUUAUUAUCUUUAUAUACAUAUAAAAAUAUCAGUAGAUUUCAUUUUAUUAAGCUUUUACAUAUGGUGUUGUAUUUAUUUAGACCUUUUUUAGUCAAGGUCUAGUUUUGCACGAUUUUGCCUUCAAAAUUUUAACUAGAUUGAAUGGCAAAAAGACAGCGCUGUCAUGCUGUUGUGUUUUCUCCCAUUUUUUUUCUUUUUUGUACAUAUUUUUUAGAAAGGAAUUUUUAUAUUUUACAGUUUUAAGAGUUUACGAAAGCGAAAAUUUUACGUUCACGCGUACUAAACAACUUCGAUUAAUGUUUGACUUCUUUUAACAAGAAUUUCUUUCGUGUAUCAUGUAAAAAUUACUGUGUCAGAUUUAACUCUUAUUUGCUCGUGGUAAACUAAUUGUAAGUGGAGGCUUGUUGAGGAGAGGGUGUUGGGAGAAGCUGUUAAUAGCUUGAAACAUUUUCCAAAAUUUGAUGUUAUUCUCCCUAAUGUUAGGUUACCAAGAGUACUUGCAAAAAUUAAGAGACAUGUUUAAAUUUCUGGAAUGUCGAAGUAGACUCACUUAGAAGCUAAUCUUGCGUAAUCUAACCAUGUAUAUAUGCUAGUUCAAAUUCCAAGAAUACGAAGAUAUAAUUGAUACGUCGG